AGCGUGCGCGCGUGUGUGUGUGUGUGAGAGAGAUUGAGAGAGAGAGAGAGCGAGUGUAUGUAUAUAUAUUAUAUACACGCGCAUGUGCGUGUUUCAGUCGCCUAUCGUCCGAGUACCGAGCGCAGCCGAUCGACGGUUGACAUAUACGUAUACCCGAGCCGCAGCGAACACUUCAGCCAUGAAUCUCCGUCGCAUUCUUUUCCUUCUCCUAGUUGGAACCGUAACGCGAGGCUACGCUGCAAAGCGCGGCUCUAGGCGAUCGAGCAAGGUCGACAGCACGACGACGACGACGACGACGACGACGACGGCGGCUCCGCGCAGCACGAAAAGAACGACGACUCUAACUACCCCGCUCGAGACCGAAGCCUAUACUACCGAUUUCACCUACGGGUCCACGGCCGACUAUAAUGGCGGUGAUGACAGACGAACAGAUUCGCGCGCUCGGCAGAGAAACAGCCGCGCGGAUUCUAACAGCAAGAUGGAAAACCGCAGGCCGGCUGCAGCUGCUGACAUCUUUGCCAACGGGGUUGACGGCUUGAGAAACGAGAAGGAAAUUCUGCAGUUACUCUCGCAUCUUGCGACCUCAGUCCAACACAUGUCGGCAAAAAUGACUGCCAUGGAGAACCAGGUGAAAUCGAUUAGCAAGCAAAGCCUAAUUGCGGAACUGUCGGACAACCUCAUCCACGGUUUGGGCGUGCAAAUGUGCUUACAACCGAACGUUACUGGCUAUCCGCAUGACUGCUUUGACGUUGGGCGCUUCCAUGCGAGCCCUCGCUCGGGCAUCUACAAAAUUAAGCCGAUGCUAAGCGACACAGCGUUUGAUGUGUACUGCGAUUUGGACGCAGAUGGUGGCGGCUGGACAGUCUUCCAGGUACGCAUGGAUGGUUCCGUGGACUUCUUCAGAGGCUGGGAUGCGUACAGAAAUGGAUUCGGUCGUUUAAAUGGCGAAUUCUGGCUAGGUAAUGAUAAGAUUAGCCAACUAACGCAGUCUAAGCGGAUGGAACUGCGUAUAGACAUGGAAGACGCUGAAGGUAACUCACGCUAUGCGGGCUACGACCAGUUUGCUGUCGCCUCCGAGGACGCCCUCUAUCGGCUAAGCCUAGGCGCAUAUUAUGGAACCGCAG